AUGGCUCGUACCAAGCAGACAGCCCGAAAGUCCACCGGUGGUAAGGCUCCCCGUAAGCAGCUUGCCACCAAAGCCGCCCGUAAGUCGGCCCCCGCCGCCGGUGGUGUCAAGAAGCCUCACCGUUACAAGCCCGGUACCGUCGCUCUUCGUGAGAUUCGUCGCUACCAGAAGUCGACCGAGCUCCUCAUCCGAAAGCUCCCCUUCCAGCGUCUCGUCCGUGAGAUCGCCCAGGACUUCAAGACUGACCUCCGAUUCCAGUCGUCCGCCAUUGGCGCUCUCCAGGAGGCCGCCGAGGCCUACCUCGUCUCGCUCUUCGAGGACACCAACCUGGCUGCUAUCCACGCCAAGCGUGUUACUAUCCAGCCCAAGGACAUCGCCCUUGCCCGCCGUCUCCGUGGCGAGCGCUCCUAA